UAUUAGAUUAAUUUUUGGCAUCGGUUUCUAGGUAGUUAUGAUUAUUAAAAAAUACAAAUGGAGGGUUUAUUGAAAGGAUUAAAAGUAGAAACGUUCCAAUGCAUUUGCAUAUGCAACUCUGCAGAAUGUCUUUCCCUCGCUCCACCCGAACCACGCUCGAGCGCGAGUCAACUUCCGAAUCCUCUUCAUCUCUAUUUGAUUCCUUCCGUUACCACGCCACCGUAAUGACACCAAAAAAACAACGGUUCAAGCGAGUUUCCAAACCCAUAUUACACUCUUCACGAACCAAACCGGCACUCAAAACGCGGCGUUCCAAAUUAGUCAAGUUCACAACCGAACCCAACCCAUCAUCAGAACCGCACAUCUCACUUGGAAAUUUUGAAACUUUGCCCCGCGAAUUCUUUCAAAUCGAUGCACUGGAUCUUGCCCCUCGUUUGCUUGGAAAGUUUCUUCGCCGAGACGACGUCGUUCUUCAGAUUACUGAGGUUGAAGCAUAUAGACCAAAUGACUCAGCUUGUCAUGGUCGCUUUGGUAUUACUCCAAGAACUGCUCCUGUUUUUGGACCGGGUGGGCAUGCUUAUGUUUAUCUUUGCUAUGGUCUCCACAUGAUGCUGAAUAUUGUUGCUGAUAAGGAAGGAGCUGGAGCUGCUGUUUUAGUACGUUCUUGUGCCCCCAUUUCUGGAUUGGAUGUUAUUCAACAGCGCAGAGGUCAGAAAACAGACAAACCUAUACUUCUUACAGGUCCUGGGAAGGUUGGUCAGGCACUAGGUCUUUCAACAGAAUGGUCCAAUCAUCCACUCUAUACACCUGAGUGUGCAAUGCAGGUGGUUUAGAACUUUUAGAUGGUCCAGAGCCCGAAAACAUUUUGGUAGGUCCACGUGUUGGAAUCCAGUACGCUCAGCCAGAGCAUGUCGACGCACUGUGGAGAUUUGCCAUUGCAGGUUCUGCUUGGAUUAGUGCUCCAAAAAACACUCUCAGGCCACCCUUAUAGAGUGGAGUGGUAGCUUGAGGGCGACUAGUGGUUUGACAAGUUGAUGUGUAUAUAUAUACCACACCUUUAGAAAAUUAUUAGAAAUGUAUCUUCUCACCUUUGAACUUUGUAUGAACGCAUCAUCAUAUAUAUACCUCUUGUCAUAUGUCGAUGUCCAACAAA